CGUACAAAACCCCCUCUGCCCAGGAGUUGAUCAUCUUUACUUCUCAGAAAGAGAGGAGUUAUUUGUACAUAUUUUCUCAUCUGAGUAGUCUACAGGUCCUAGCCGACUCAACGUCUCUGAUAUUCUCAGAGACCUAUAAGGACAUGGAUAUGAAGCCUCUGAUGAUUCUCCUCCUGCUAGCAGCUGUCACCACCACCGCCCCUGCAGCAGCUCAAACCACCACCACCCCUGCAGCAGCUGUCACCACCACCACCCCUGCAGCAGCUCAAACCACCACCACCCCUGCAGCAGCUGUCACCACCACCGCCCCUGCAGCAGCUGUCACCACCACCGUCCCUGCAGCAGCUCAAACCACCACCACCCCUGCAGCAGCUGUCACCACCACCGCCCCUGCAGCAGCUGUCACCACCACCGCCCCUGCAGCAGCUGUCACCACCACCACCCCUGCAGCAGCUCAAACCACCACCACCCCUGCAGCAGCUGUCACCACCACCGCCCCUGCAGCAGCUGUCACCACCACCGCUUCUGCAGCAGCUGUCACUACCACCGCCCCUGCAGCAGCUGUCACCACCACCACUCCAGUAGCAGCUGUCACCACCACCACUCCUGCAGCAGCUGUCACCACCACCACUCCAGUAGCAGCUGUCACCACCACCACUCUUGCAGCAGCUGUCACCACCACCACUCCAGUAGCAGCUGUCACCACCACCACUCUUGCAGCAGCUGGUACCACCACCACUCUUGCAGCAGCUGUCACCACCACUCCAGUAGCAGCUGUCACCACCACCACUCAUGCAGCAGCUGGUACCACCACCACUCUUGCAGCAGCUGGUACCACCACCACUCUUGCAGCAGCUGGUACCACCACCACUCUUGCAGCAGCUGUCACCACCACUCCAGUAGCAGCUGUCACCACCACCACUCUUGCAGCAGCUGGUACCACCACCACUCUUGCAGCAGCUGUCACCACCACUCCAGUAGCAGCUGUCACCACCACCACUCUUGCAGCAGCUGGUACCACCACCACUCUUGCAGCAGCUGGUACCACCACCACUCUUGCAGCAGCUGGUACCACCACCACUCUUGCAGCAGCUGUCACCACCACUCCAGUAGCAGCUGUCACCACCACCACUCUUGCAGCAGCUGGUACCACCACCACUCUUGCAGCAGCUGGUACCACCACCACUCUUGCAGCAGCUGGUACCACCACCACUCUUGCAGCAGCUGUCACCACCACUCCAGUAGCAGCUGUCACCACAACCACUCUUGCAGCAGCUGGUACCACCACCACUCUUGCAGCAGCUGGUACCACCACCACUCCUGCAGCAGCUGUCACCACCACCACUCCUCCAGCAGCUGUCACCACCACCACUUCCGCUGCUGUCGCAUCAACUGACCCUCCAUCUUCUAGUGAAGGAACAAUGAGUCUUCAGUUCCGUCUCAACCAGACGUUCAACUCAGAUCUUUCCAACCCUUCCUCUUCAGAGUUCAAGACUCUGGCUGACAAAGUGACCUCUGAGGUGAACAAGGCUUUUGCUAAGACCCCAGGCUUCCGUCGUUCCAUUGUCAACUCAUUCAGAAGUGGAUCUGUAGUUACCGACAUGACCCUCGUGUUCGACAAGCUGUCUUCGGUUCCCAGCUCAAGCAAUGCACAGGCAAUUCUCACCAGCAGUUCCACCUCCCUGAACAUUAUACCAGGCAGCGUCAGUGAUGGGUCAUCAACCACAUCAGGAAGUGCUCCCCUACCCACUUCCUUCUCUCUGGCUGCCUUGCCUCUCAGUUUGGCUCUGUUAAUGGUACAGCUGCUGGCUAGCUAAUAGCCUGGGACAUAGCUGCUGUGGCUCUGCUAGCUGGUAGGCUAGCUAAUUGCCUGGGGCAUAGCUGCUGUGGCUCUGCUAGCUGCUGGCUAACCAAUAGCCUGAGGCAUAGCUGCUGUGGCAUUGGUUUAACCAAUCAACAGUUUCCCAGCUCUCAUAGAUACAGCCUUAAAGCUAGAAUCCUUAGUUGCUACACCCAUUUUUUUACUUAAAAAUUAAUUAUAUGUACCCAUUGAUUCUAGAAGAAUAUAACAUAUGAAUACCUCAUGAGUUUAGCUCAACUGUCGUACCCCAUCAGAACCCACAAUAUAAGCUUGUUUUACCCCAAUGUUUCUAAACAAUGCAAACAAACACUGUACAGCUUUAAAACAUUAUUAAAACUAUUAUUCUGA